AACCAUCGCUAUCGUCGACUGUCAGAACGAAACACAGACGCUCUUAGCUUGGUUGCGUCUACCUCGUCCAGGAUCGAUCUUCUACAGUCGCUGAUUUCGCGAACUGCGUCCGUCGACCCGUGGACUGCCUUUCAAUAACCAGCUCCUGUUGUUCCAUUCCUCGUCGGUUUCAACUGCUCCUAAAACAUAAUAGCCGCAGGUUCUUUGUCAAAGAGCAGCAAUCUUCCGGUGUGAAUCGCGCAUAUGAUUGCGUUACAAAACCAGGCAAUCUUACCUCCCGCCAAAGUGGAUAUCUCACUGCUACUGAAACCCCAAGAUGAAGAAGAGACCGCAUCGGUGACUAGCGCGCCAGCCUACGCGGCUAACACAAUGACACAGGCUUCAUUGGCCUCUCCUAUGCCCAUGGCUACGCCACCUUCUAUUCAUACAGCAACGGUUGUACCGCCACAUCACAAGGCCCCUGCCACAGUCCCUGUCAAGCGCCUCCAACCUGCUCACACGGCGGAGUCUCCUGCGAAGAAGCAGUCAAAAUGGUCUCCAGAGGAAGACGCUCUCAUCAUUGAACUGCGAGGGAGCGGCAUGAAAUGGGAGGAUAUUAGCAAGCGCCUUCCUGGGCGAAGCGCAAUCAGUUGCCGUCUUCACUAUCAAAAUUACCUGGAGCGCAGGAGUGAAUGGGAUGAGGACAAGAAGAAUAAGCUAGCACGAUUAUAUGAAAGGUUCAAGGCGGAGAUGUGGUCAAAGGUCGCAGAGGAAAUGGCGAUCCCAUGGCGCGCAGCGGAAGCUAUGCAUUGGCAACUGGGAGAGCAGGAAAUGGCUCGUCGUGCAGGUGUCGUUCCCUUCUCGCUAUCAAGCACUGCGAUUGAUCCACCGGCGCCCAGAGCGCGCAGAGCCAGUACGUCUUUGUCUCGACCAAGGAAAGGAUCGACUUCACGUUCGAUACACCAUCCCCCGCAGCUUCCGUCUGUUGAGGAACUCACUGCCGGGGUACCUGCAUUCGCGCCGCCUCCACCUUUUCUGCCGCCCCGCGAAGCGUACAGAAUAAGCCGCCCGUUAGACUUGAGUGGUGGUCAAGGCGGCCCAUUCGGGCCGAAUCUCGGUCUUCCUCCUCGAACUCUUCCCUAGGCAGGCCGGGGAAAUAGUGAUGAUCAUGCUGUCUAUUGUUUUCCACCCAUCGCGUCGUUACGAGUUGCAUAGCGCUGGCUGGAGGUAUUGGUCGUUUUAGGGGGGUUUUAUCAUAGAUGUUUGUCAUCGAUAUGUGCAUAGGUGGGCUUCGCAUGGUCCUAGCACCACGACUGC